AUGGACGAGGAACUUCACAUCUUCUACACACGCCGAGCAGCAUUGAGACAGCGAUUGGCUAAUGCCAUCAAUGAGGAUACGUCCAGUACAAUGGAGGAGAGUAGCAUUAACACAAGUAGUAUUGACAAGGAGGCGGAUAGUGAAUCAAGUAGUGACGAAGACUCCGAAAGUGAGGAUAACAUUACAACCACUAUGAUAAUAACUACAAUAUUAACGGUACUAGCAAACAUCAUUCCUGUUCUAAAACAAUCAAAUAUCGUGCCUAGAGGAUCACUUGUGUAUUGUUUUCGGCCAUCGUUCGAUGAGAUCGCUGGACACAUGCUACAAAUGAACUCCUUCCAUAUUGACAUGCGCAUGAGCUUACCUCAGUUUUUAGUUUUAAUACAAGCUAUCACACCUAUGUGUGAACGCGAUGAAGUCAUGGAAAGCCUGAGGAAUGGAAGCAUCGAUGUUGGGGUUCAAUUAGCUAUAACUUUACGUGAUAAUGCGUACACGGGUGAUGAAUUCAUGCUUGUUCCUUGUCCAGGGAGAAACCUGGGCGAAAACUGGGAUGCCUUUAAUUUCUUUCAAUCCCAAACGCGUAUGCAUAUUGAGCGAGCGUUUGGGAUAUUUGUAAGAAAGUGGGGUAUCCUAUGGAAGCCGAUACAAUUUAGCUUUGCAUUUGUUCCUGAGCUACUUAUGUACCUAGCUAAAUUACAUAGUUAUUGUAUCGGUUUUGACGAUGUAGAAGGACAGGGUUAUCUUGGCAUCUCAAAAACUGAGUUUAAUAAUGCAUGUAUUGGCGUGAGGGAUAUAUUUGAAGGGCGCAAAAGUAAUACAUUUAGAUCAGAGUAUAGAGUUUCAAACAAAGAAUGGAGCGGGACUGUUACAGAAGAAUAUUACGAGCGUGUGAGGGGUUUUCAGACAUAA